CUAAAAAACAUCUGUACUGGAACCCUCUGCCGUUUGUUUGAUUUGCAGAUCUCCUUGAAGCAGAUAGUACAUUAUCUAAUAUAUUUAGCAGAGAACACAGAUGUGAUCAAUCAUGCUGAAUCUUAUCCUGGUUUAUGCAUUCAGAGUUGUUCCCCAGAGAAUGUGGUUCUUUAUCUUCACCUGUUUCCCUUGUUUAAACCAUUAAAUGGCAUGACCUUUGAUUAAAGGAAAUCUACUAAACGAGGCCAAUUGUGUUGAAUGUGUCAUGACUGAUAUGUACUUUGAGCUGUACCAGAAAUAUAAAUACUGAAAACUGCAACUGGAAGCAGAAAAAGACCCAUUGGCCAAGGCAAAAUGUGGAUUUUAAUUCUCCUUGCUGCUCUGGAGAUUUGUUGGGCUCAGUAUAACCCAAAUACAUUGCCUGGAAGGACAUCUAUUGUUCACCUCUUUGAAUGGCGUUGGAACGACAUUGCUCUUGAAUGCGAACGUUACUUAGCACCUAAUGGAUUUGGUGGAGUUCAGAUCUCUCCUCCAAAUGAAAACCUUGUCAUUACAACACCAUGGAGACCAUGGUGGGAAAGAUACCAACCCAUCAGCUAUCGGCUAUGUUCACGAUCUGGAAAUGAGAGUGAAUUUAAAGACAUGGUGAUCAGAUGUAACAAUGUUGGAGUAUACAUUUACGUGGAUGCUGUUGUCAACCAUAUGUGUGGAGCUGCUGCUGGAUCUGGCAACUAUUCUACAUGUGGAAGCUACUUUGAUUCAGGGAAGCGAGACUUUCCUGCUGUACCAUACUCUGGGUGGGAUUUCAAUGAUGGGAAAUGCAGUACAGCAAGUGGAGAGAUAGAAAAUUAUAAUGAUCUUUACCAGGUUCGGGACUGUCGCCUUGUUAGUCUUCUUGAUCUUGCACUAGAGAAGGACUACGUGCGUUCCAAAAUUGCAGAGUAUAUGAACCACCUAAUUGACAUUGGUGUAGCAGGAUUUCGAAUGGAUGCUUCCAAGCACAUGUGGCCGGGAGAUAUGAAAGCCUUUUUGGACAAACUAAAAAAUCUCAACACAGUGUGGUUUGCUGAAGGGACAAGGCCAUUUAUCUUCCAAGAGGUGAUUGAUCUAGGUGGGGAGAGCAUUAAAUCCAAUGAGUACUUUGGAAAUGGCCGAGUAACUGAAUUCAAAUAUGGUGCAAAACUAGGGACAGUCAUUCGCAAGUGGCAUGGAGAAAAGAUGGCUUAUUUGAAGAACUGGGGUGAAGGCUGGAGCUUUAUGCCUUCCGAGAAAGCUGUUGUCUUUGUAGACAAUCAUGAUAACCAGAGAGGUCACGGAGCUGGUGGAACUUCCAUUUUGACCUUCUGGGACUCCAGGCUCUAUAAAAUGGGAGUUGGCUUCAUGCUUGCGCAUCCAUAUGGCUUUACCAGGGUCAUGUCAAGUUUCCGCUGGCCAAGGUAUUUUGAAAAUGGAAAGGAUAUUAAUGACUGGGUUGGACCUCCAAGUUAUGGUGAUGGAUCAACUAAACCUGUAACAAUUAAUCCAGACACAACCUGUGGCAAUGGCUGGAUCUGUGAACAUCGGUGGCGUCAAAUAAGAAAUAUGGUUAUUUUCCGCAAUGUUGUAGACGGGCAGCCAUUUACCAAUUGGUGGGACAAUAACAGCAAUCAAGUGGCAUUUGGUCGUGGCAACCAAGGAUUUAUUGUCUUCAAUAAUGAUGACUGGAACCUGACUGCAACUUUGCAGACUGGCCUUCCUGGAGGAAUUUACUGUGAUAUUAUAUCUGGACAGAAAGAGGGUAAUAUCUGUACCAGAAUUAAAAUCCACGUCCAUGGAGAUGGCACUGCUUAUUUUAACAUUAGCAGUGAUGCUGAGGAUCCAUUUGUUGCCAUCCACAUCAAUGCUAAAUUAUAAUCUCAGUAAGAGAAAUAUAUUUCGGCAAUUUUGUUUUCCAAAAUAAUUUUGGACAGACGGAAAAUAAUUUGGACGCCUUCAAAAGAAUGUUUAUCUUCAGAUAAAUUUUCCGUUUGCUUUACUGAGAAAUGGUCUUUGCCCUUUGUUUUGCAUAUGGGCUUUUGUUAGAUUUUGCCUGUCACCUCUUAUCUCAAAUAGCUUCACAUGGCCAGUCCUGUGACAGAGCAUAAAAUGUACAAAACAGUCACAACGUUCAUGGUCUCAUCACAUACUGAUUUUCAUUCCACCAGUAGCUAGCUCUGAGCUCUGCGAAUGUGAGGUCUCUCUCCCCAUAUAAGACUCAUCACAUAGAAUGACCACUAUAUAGAAGGAGUUUCAGACAAUCACCUUCUGGUAACAACAGUGCAUGGAUUUACCCUAGGUCUAGAUUCAUUUUUUUUCCAGUUCAAUCAACCUACUCUGGGACUUUGCCCUCACAACAAAAGCAGUUGCAUGGCAGGAGAAAGAGUGGAUCUGUGGAAGCUGUCCCCAUAAAGCCCUUCAAGGUAGUCCAGACAAGAAGCACAACCAGGAGUAGUAGCUCUAUCUUUAUUGUAAGGUUACAUCAAGAGAAUCUAGCAAGACUGAAAGUAUUUCCCCCCUCCUUUCCUUUUACUCUUUCAAAAACUGGGGAGGAUCCUUCUGAAACAUUUCCUGCACCCUCCCUCCUCCUGUGGGCUGAGAUGUCCUUUACACACCAGUUGUCCAGUCUGCAGCUCUCCCUCCUGUCUCCCAAGGUUAUUCCCACAUACUAUAACAGUUUCCCACCAUCUUUGCAUAGGGAAUGUCUACAGCAGUGUUUCUCAACCUUGGCAACUUUAAGAUGUGUGGAUUUCAACUCACAGAAUUGAAAUCCACACAUCUUAAAGUUGCCAAGGUUGAGAAAACCUGGUCUAUAGAGAAGGGUAGAUUGAGCUGUAAGUGAAGGUUCCCCACAUGUGCAUUGAACCAGUUCUUCCUAGUUUUAACUCAUGGAGACCAUGGGGAGGUAGCUAGAUCUUGAAGAAUGACAGUCCUAGCAAUUCAGCCUAGCAAUGCUUUAGUGAGGCAUUUCCCAGAAACAAAAAUAGGAACAAAGUGGGCCACUGAAAUAGAAGAAGUUGAACCCACCUUAAGCGACCAAGCUGCUAAGUAUGCAGUUGGAGCAAUGCCAGGUGGAACAGAGGAUGUGGAAAUUAUUUUCCAUUCAGAAACAUAUGUAUUUUUGUAAUCAUUUUACUUAGAGUAAAACGCUGUUAAAUACACUGUUAACAUAAAGUACUGCUGUACACACCCACAUUCAAGUCACACACAUGUCCUUACCAUUGCCAAAGGCAUAAAACAUAUGUUUAAAGAUCGUUGUAAAUAUUAGGAGGUAUUACAGAACAGCUCUAACUUAAUAGCUAUGUUUUGUCUUGUCUUGUUCUGAAUUGAUAAUUUCCAAGGUCAGAUCUAAUUUUUUCUUGGGUUGUAAACUUUGACAAUAAAUCAGUCACCAAAUGAGAACUUUCUGUCCUUUUUUUAAAUCCAUACGUUUAUUGUUAAAAUAUUGAAAUACAAAGAAAGAAGGAAAAAAGCAAGGUGAUACAUAAAAAUAUUGCUACAUUUGAAUUAAACUAUAGUGAAAAAAAAUAGAUUACUUUUUAGUGAUACAUUCUGCCUUUCCCUUCUGUUUGUAUCCCCAACCACUAGCCAUAUUUGAGCUUUGCAUCAAACAUAGUAAUUGUUAGUUUUUGAGUCCUAAAAAGACAUAUUCCAGAUGUCUAAAUCUGCUUUGCUCUAUGAUAUAUUGUAUAUAAGGGAGCCAUUCCUGCUUGAACUUAGCUAAACUUCUAUUGUGGAUAUAUACAGUCAAUGUUGCUCUUGCGGCAUAUUAUCCAAUUUUAGUCUCCCAGUCUGAUAUCAUAGGCAAGGUAUCUCUUUUCCAAUGUUGUGCUUGGUUUAUUUUUGCUUCAGUCUUAGUAAAUUGUAUCUUAGUAAAUUGUAAUAUUUUUCAUAUAUGGUUUCAGAAUUAAGCCUAAUAGAAAUGUCUGUGGUUUCAGUUCAAAUUUUAUUUUUAGAUUUGUUUUUAUUUUUUUGAUGUACUUCUCUCCAAUACCUUUCCAUUUUUUGCAUGACCACCACAUGUGGUAAAAUGUUUCUUCUUUGUUACAACAUUUCCAACAUUUAUAUAUCAUUAUCUAUCUUAGAAAUCACAAACAUAGUUAUGUAUUAUCUGUAGAAUGUUUUGUAUGAAUUAAAUUGUGCAUUGGAGUAAAUUUUAUUGAUUUUUUUCAUAGCCCUUCCCAUUGGUCCAUUGUAAUUAUUUUUCUCAAUUUUGCAUCCAUUUUAUCAUACAGUUUUUAAUAUGUUUGUUUGUUUGUUUAUUAUUCAAAUUUUGUUACUGCCCAACUCCCCCAAAAGAGGGGAUUUCUGUCUCUGUAUCAUAUUUCAGCAACAAUUUAUAAACAUGUCCUAGUAAAUGACCUUGGUUUUAUAUAAGCA